UUCGGAAGUUAAUAUGGUAGCCGAAUUUUCGGCAAUCAUCAGUGGUAUCUAAGAUGUUAUUGCAAUCGGGCUUGUUCGUUCUACUGGUAGCUGUUUUACAGGUAUCAGCUCGUUCCAAAAAUAUAGAACCAGUCUUAAUUGACAAUGUGAUCAGGGAAGAAUACGAUGCAGCACCAUCAUCUUCGCGCAUCGUGUCUGGUUGGGAGGCCAGGCCUGGUCAGCAUCCUCACCAUGCGGCUCUGCGGCUGGUCAGCGAGGUCGGAGGAGUGAGCGGCUGCGGAGGUUCCAUUGUUUCCAAGGAAUGGGUUAUCACUGCUGCUCAUUGUACCGCUGGCCGUAUAACCGUUGUCGUCCGCGGAGGCGUGGUGUCCCUCACCGACCCGGAGUACAUCUUCGAGACCACGGAGUUCUACAACCAUCCCCAGUACAAUGACCUGCUGCCGCUGGUUGUGCAGCCACAUGACAUCUCCCUGGUCAAAGUGCAGAGGCCUUUCGUUUACAGCAGGUUGCUGAGUCCGAUCCGCGUGCAGUCGAGAGCUGAUGCUUACCGCAACUAUGACGGAGAACAGGUCUACGCGAGUGGACACGGCAGGACAUGGACUUUAGGUCCCGUAACCGAGGUGUUGAACUGGGUGUACCUGAACGCCGUCUCUAACCCCGCCUGUGCCGCCAUCUUUGGAAACGCUCUCAUCAUCGACACCACCAUCUGCGCACGAUUCUUCAACGUUACCUCACAGUCUACUUGCCAGGGUGACAGCGGUGGCCCAUUGGUCCACGUUGGCUCCGACGGAGUCCCCACUCUCAUCGGUGUCACGUCCUUCGUCGCUGGUGGUGACUUUGGCUGCCACUCUGGCCUUCCUGCUGGUUUCAUUCGUCCCGGACCUUACCACUCCUGGUUCCAAGAGGUGACCGGCAUUGACUUCGAGAAUCUGCAAGAAGACGAUGAUGAUGAUGAUGAUGAUAAUAACGUGACCACACCAGCGCCAGAAUCUGAGGAAGAAGAAGACCCCGAGACCCCAGCGCCACCUGCCGACUCAGAAGAAGAAGAAGAAGAUGAUGAAUCUACUCCCAAACCCGACGAGUCUGAGGAAGACAGCUCCGACAGCUCGGAGUCUGACGAAGAUGGAGAAAUGUCAGAACUACUGAAACGCCUUGAAGUGAAAGUCAAAGUCAAGGUCAGGUUCAACAAAUACAAGGUCAAGAAGGAACUGGAAAAGGAAAAAGAGAUUAAGAAACGCCAUUGAUUUAAAUGUAAUUAUUUAAAUUAAACCAUUAAAUAGUUCACUAUUUA